AUGAGUUUUAUUGUUGUUAUAAAAUGCUUUCUUAUAUAUUCAUCUCUUAUAUAUAGAAAGAAUCUAGUAGAAUCUGCUGAUACAUCAUCCGUUUCUAGUCCAUGUUCAAGAGCAAGUGGAGCCAAUGAAGGCCAACAAGCUAGCGGUACACCCGCAUCUGGUGGUACAACUACCGGAGCAGAUGCUGGUUCAGGUACCAAAACUGGCGUUGAACUUAGCCUUAAAGCUACAGCUUCUACUGACCAGUUUGAUCACAGUAAAAACAAUAAAAUAGUCACUUAUACCGCCAAAGAUAACUACGGUUUUAAAUCGGUUAAAACAGGAGAUAAAGUGGUUUGGCAAACAGAUAAAGAAGCUGAAUAUGCUAAAGAAGUGGUUCUGAAUGGCAAGGGUAAUGAGAAAAAAGAGGUUACAAUUCACCUGCCUAAUGGUACAAAAAAGGUGUUUAAGAGAGAAAAUAAGGGUAAGCCAUGGAUUGAAGGUAGUCAGCCUGCUAAGGAUACUGCUAAAACAACCAGUACUACAACAGCAUCUGGUACUCCGCCAGCAAGUGGAACUAGUCCAACAUCUGGAGGUGGUGCGGGAACAGGUAACAAAACCGGUGUUGGCAUCAAUGUAGACUCAGACAAAUCCACUGACCAGUUUGAUUGUAUUAAAAACGGUAGACAUCGAACUUAUAUUCCCAAGGGAAACAACGCUUUUAAAUUUGUUUCUGAAUUAAUAGAUAACAAUUGGGUUAAUGUGUGGAGUGAAACUGAUCCCAAAAAAUAUUCCAACAAGGUUGAAGUAGAUCUUUUGAAUAACAAUUCCAAAGCUGUUACUGUUUAUCUGGAUGGAAACGAAACAAUUGUAUAUACUAAGAACGUCAAGAACAAAUCUUGGGAUAAGGUUGACUUAGCCAAGCUAAAUCCUAGAUCAGUCAAUAUAAAAUAUCAAUACGAUAGUUACUUCUGCACUAAUAAAUUAGAUAACAACGUUAGAACAUUUGAGGCUAAAAAAGGAUUUGCUUUUAAACUCGUUUAUGAGUAUGUUGAUCAAAACAACAGGCCCGAGAUUUGGAAAACAGAACAGGAGAAAGAAUAUGCAAAUAAAGUAGUUAGUGAAGAGAAAAAAGUAAUCAUCCACAGAGGGGAUGAGACUAUAAAGGUGUUUAAGAAGGAAUCUGACGGAAAAUGGACAGAAGAUACUGAAGCUUCAACUAAAGCUACAAAUGACCAAAAAACUAGUUCAGAAGGUUCAGGAGGUACUACACAAACCAGUCCUACAGGUGGUGGAACGACCGGUACUGGUGGUUCAACUGGUACAGGUGCAUCUGGAGGCGGGGCUGGUAAAUGA